ACAGCAGCAGCAGCAGCUGGUCUGGUUCUCGUUCACGGUGGCGAGUCUGCUCACGAGUUUAUUCGACUUCGGUACGUUCUCGCGCGCGCAAACGGUAUGCUGCAAAGCGCCCUGUUCCCAGACGUGCUCGAGGCACUGGCCAAGUAGCAGUAGCGACCUUCCUGUGUAUUUUUUUUCUUCUUGAAGUUGGUUCAGAACAACGAUUUUGCACUGUUUUGAUGAAAAAGGAUUAAGCAAGGAAAAACUAUCCUGAUGAAGUUGCUUGUGGGAAACCAAGUUUUUAACUCGUUUUUACCGUGCAUUGCUGAUUAAAGAGUGAAAACGAGGAAUAGUAUUUUCCCUUCGUGCGCAAAAAUUUAAACCCUGCCCUGCCCAAACAUCGUGCGUGUCCGAGCGCAUGUGUUUGUGUGUGUGUGUGUGUUUGUGCGUGAAAAGUGUGUCCCGUUUCCUAACCAAAUGCAGAAGAAAAAGUGUUUCGUGUGAAAAUUAAACCAACCGAGAAGGAAAAAGGAUAUCGCAACCUUCGCGCAAUCGGUCGAAAAACACCCACAGCAGCAGUGUGCGUGUGUGUGUGUGUUUACGUGAGUCCAGUUUUGGUGAGCGAAUUUAAUCGAUUUCGUUUCGUGCAUCAACAAAAAGCCCCGUGUGGGUGAUUUUUCCAGCAACCCGCAGGAGUGUGUUGUGUGCAGUAAAUGGUGGAAAAAUUAUAAUUCCGCGUGAUUUGUGCGAGAAAAAUAGGUGAAUAUCACGCGUGUGUGAGUGUGCAUUCAUAUGUAUGUGUGUGUGUGUUCGAAUGUGUGAUAAGAAGUGAAACAAAAUCACAUCAACUCACCCCGGGAAAUCAAACGGGAAAACGCGCUCUCGGUGUGUGCCAGCGCGUCGCCAACUGGCACCGUUGACGGGAGUUAGACAAGACUGUCCGGCAAAAUAUGAAGAUCAACGCGUCCAAGAUGGCGACCCCGAUCGAAGAGAAAGUUGAUCAGAAUCUGAAGACCCGCACCGGGAUGGUGAUGAUCAGCGAUGGCAAAAGCAAACCAGAGCUCGCCCGGCUCCAUCUGUCGAUGGAGAUGAUCACGAUCCAGAAGCAGGACACGACCACACCCGCACCGACGCCCACCAACGCCACCCAUCCGCCAAUCGAGUCGAAGGAACGCAUGGUACAGAUCACGCGCCAGAAGGUGGGAGGACUCGGCCUCAGCAUAAAGGGUGGCGCCGAACACAAGCUGCCGAUACUGAUAUCGCGCAUCUACAAGGACCAGGCGGCCGACGCAACAGGUCAGCUGUUUGUUGGCGAUGCCAUCAUCAAGGUAAACGGUGAAUACAUCACAGCCUGUCCACAUGACGACGCGGUCAACAUCCUCCGGAAUGCUGGCGAUAUCGUUGUCCUUACUGUGAAGCACUACCGUGCCGCCACACCGUUCCUGCAGAAACAAUUAAGCCGAGAAACGCCCGAAUCGGACAAUGAUGCGACGUGCGCAGAGCUGAAGGCGGACGAAAACUGGAAAUCGGUCAACAGUAGCCGCCCGGUGUCCAUCAGCUCCGAGCCGGAAAAUCGAUGGAUCGACUUGGUUUCGGUGCCGCUGAUGAUGGCAUACGUUACGAGGUACAUCUACGGCACGGACAAGCUGCGACCGAACGCGUUCGAGGUGCGCGGACUGAACGGGACCACCACCGGCAUCAUACACUGCGACGAUCUGGCCAUCCUCAGCCAGUGGCUCAAGUACAUCACGGACAAUGUGGUCGGACUGACGAGCCUGCAGAUGAAGCUGUUCAACCGGAACUUCCCCGUGGGCGAACGGAUCGAGUACAUGGGCUGGGUGAACGAGGGCGUCAUCAACAAUCACAUCUCGUGGCAGAGCUACAAGCCCCGCUUUCUGGUGCUGAAGGGUACCGAGGUGAUGCUGUUCGACUCGCCGCCGCUCAACGUGACCGGCCUGACCAAGGCGAACGUCGCCUACAAGGUGUACCAGACGAUGUUCCGCGUGGUGAAGGAGUCGGAAACGGUCGACUCCCGGCAGCACUGCUUCCUGCUCCAGAGCUCCGGUCACGAGCCGCGCUACCUGAGCGUGGAGACGCGCCAGGAGCUGCUGCGGAUCGAGAACAGCUGGAACGCGGCGAUCGUUACGAGCGUGAUCAAGCUGGGCCGCAAAACGUUCGCCGUCUCUCAUCACGGCAAGACCGGCGGACUAACCCUGGACUGGCAGGCCGGAUUCUCGCUCACGGAAGGGGCCGAAGCGGCCGUAAUCUGGCAGUACAAGUUCUCGCAGCUACGCGGCUCCAGCGACGAUGGCAAAUCGAAGCUGAAGCUCCACUUCCAGGACCACGAAACGCGCAGCAUCGAAACGAAGGAACUCGAGUGUCAUGUGCUGCAAAGUUUGCUGUUCUGCAUGCAUGCUUUUCUGACAGCGAAAGUUGCUUCCGUCGAUCCCACCUUCCUGAGCUCGAUCCAGCAAGCCUAGAGACGCGGAAGACGUCCCCAGCGGUCUUUCUUCAGGCGCGACGGGUAGUCGAGAUGUGCUGCCUACUACACUUUCCCGGCCACCCCCGGAUUGGGCUGAGACAUUUUACAGGUCCAAAGCGAGAGAGAGAGAAAGAGAGAGAGACACACACAUACACACUGUGACAAAUACGGGAUAUCUUUCCGGUUAAAACGUCCCGACUCCCUUUGGUCCAACGUCUCCCAGCGUCCCAAGCGAUAUAGAGCAAUUGUCAACCGAGAGCUUACAGACUUAAACGAAUUCUAACGCAAGAGAAGUGUCAACGCAAUAACGACUAAGUAAAUCCAAAACCCAUUCAUCAGCAGCGUGAAACCGCAGGAGCAGGGUUUCAGGUGUGGUGAGGUGGUGAUCCCAUCACCUUUGGCCACCUGGACUGGAUGUGGACUACUACCCCGUUCAAUGUGUGUCGACGGAGACGUUUUUAGCUUUAUCCCAGAGCCUGUAGGCAUUAGUUUAGAUUGUUCAAAAUAUGGCAAAGGUUAGAAAUUAGGUGGCAACCAAUCGCUCCGAACGGGGUAAGGUGGUCGAACGAAGUGGACGUUGGUCCUCGGUGGUAACGAUCCAAUUAAAAGGUUAGGUUUCAUUCGUUGUGAUUGUUGGCUAGUUGUUUAUUGAACUAGAGAGAAGCACGCAUGUAUGAGCAGGUACAUGGAGGUUGCUUUUCCGUGACGGAUAAGUUUGAGUUUUAAGUUUGUUGGAUAGAUAUACCAUCAGUAAGGAUAUAAACUAGUGAACAGAUGUAACCCCCCUGGCACAAGCAUGUUGAGAUCUUCCCAGCACAAAAUAGCAACUCCAAUGAAUGGACAAUCUCCUUCUCCUUUCCAGUAUGUGUGCGAAAAACGAGAAAUGUACUGACAAAGUUUUCUACACUUAUGCCGAUCUUUAAUUAUAUCAUUUCAAAGACAGUUUUCAUCAAUUCAAAGCGAGCAUUUAACCAUGGUCACCUUGUUUGGUAAAGUUCACAAUCUAUCCAAUUGUGCUAUUGAUCCAUAACUUCCCUUAGACUGCAGUGAUUGCUCCCGUAUGGGACGACCUCUAGCGUCUCAGUGCGCACUCCCACCCGUGUUUUUAGAUUGAUGGCAGCUAUUUUCCUGAUGAGCUGCUGCUGAUUGUUCCUUCCUUUCUCGGGACAACCCCCCUUCAUUGCAUGCUAACAUGUGCAACCCGUUCCGCCACCGACAGGGGACCCCAAUGCUCCCUAAGGUCCUAUUUCAACGUGUAACACAACUACCGGGCAUAGCUUUUAUUAAGCAACAGAGACGUGCGAAGUGGGUUACACGGAUUUAAUUGCGAAUUGCCACCAACGAUUGCGUGUACCAAGUAGCUGGGAUGUAUUACUGUGUGGUUAAAAGGAGGGUAAUUAUCAAGUCACACAAACAUAGCAUGGUGAGCUGGCCCCUGAACCACAUGAGAACGAUACAUGAAGUCCAGUCCCAGUGUGGUUUGAUUGAAUAGCAUUGAAUUGAAUAUGGUGAGGUGCAAAAAAAAAGGAAAAACAAGUACCAUUUUCUUUCCCCCAGUUGGGAUGUCAAAUUGAUACCCCGAGACGAGUUACAGUUGUUAGUAAAUGGAAUGUGUUAUAACAUGGAAAACCCCAAAAGCCUGUAUCCGAAUUGAAUUUGUGCACCCUUCCUUCGAUUUGUACAUCACACCGGAACCUUUAGAAAGCAUAAACACAGCACAUAAAUACAUAGCUCCAAUACAGCUACUAUAAACAAAAAAGAAGCUAGGUUAUACUAGACGCACGUGCGCACUCCGAUAUAGUUGUUAAAGUAACGUCUAAACUAGAAGUAAUGAAAACAUCUCUUUCAGUGCCGCAAACCGAGCACACUGAUACACUGUACCCACCAAAAAACGAAAUACAACAAAUUUAAAACAAAUACAACCGAAAGAAAGCGAUUGAAGCAAAUACCAAUGUUAAAUAGAUAUUAAAUCGAAGCCCCCGAAUGUCUGCCGAGAUCAAAAGUAGAACAAUUUCAUAAUUAACCACACCAACACCUUGUUAGAUAGAUUGUAAAGCAAAACCAAACAUUUAACACAUCAAAGAGUUGAAAGAGUUAAACGUAAAGCAAUGGAGAGAAGAAAACAAGCAAACAAACAUAAAACUUCAAACUUAACCAAACCAUAACACGUCUAUAACCCAGAAGCGAACUGGAUAUCUAACUCCACUAUACUACUACCACUGCUACCAAUAACUAACAACACCUGCAAAAAAAGCAACAUGCUGCAAAUCCAACAUAUACUUGUAUAUCUAAAUAAAAUAGACAACCGAAGAAAAAGGAGAAAAAAAAACUCCACAAACUAGUCAAGAAAUUAUGAAAACAAAAAUCAAAUUACUAAACUACUAACUUCUUUAGUGAAGAACGCGCAGUCACAUGGGAAAUAGUUAAAACCUGGUGUAUAAACGGAAACAAAAACACACACACACACACACACACACACGCCGACACACAUUAAUAUUGGUAACUGUUACCAAACUGUGGGCACAAACUACUUGUAAGUGUGACUAGCAAAGAAGAAUAGCAGCAAACUUGAGUUAGACACCAAAACACAAACAGCAAACAGCAAAUCAAUUGCUUCAAAUCAGUUCAGACCAACUAAGGAAACACAUUGUAACAACUGUCUUUCCUGUUAGUGCUAUUAGCCGCCGGCGCUUAGCAUUUGUCUAUUAGGCACUUGUUUUGUUUUCCUUUGUUUUGUUUGUUCUAGAUUUGAUUCCGUUUUUUUUUUGCAUCCUUUCUCUCCGUUUUUGCUCUGUGCUUGAGUGACAUGGUUUAUACCUCUGGUUUUUGGUAACAAUAGUUUAUUGUUAAUUGGUUACUUUUCAUCUUACUUUUGCUUUCUUCUACCGCCUCUUUCUGCCUACUUCUACAACCACACUUUCCUGAUCUGCUGUCUUUUCAUGUCUUUCUCUUAAUUCUAGAUAUAAAACUGCCCUGUUUGCUUUCAGCAAAAUUGAUACACACAGAACAAUGCAACCACAAUGCCAUAUUACAGUGUGAAAAGUAAGCUCAAAGGGAGCUGUUAGUUAAUUUAACUUCAUUUUUACCUGAAAUACAGCAAAAAGGGGGAGGGAAACACAACUAAUUAUAUCGCUUUGUCGCGAAUUACAGUGAGGCAAUUACUUUUACGUGUCUUAUAUAGAGCAAACACAGAGUGUAAAAUUGAACCAAACAACAAUAUUCCAAUAUGUAGCAACACUAUAGGAAGAAAAGUUAAAAGCACGUGAACUGACAAAAAAAAACAUUAAAAUUUGCUCAUUAGAUCCCGAUUUACCGAAUCUAUAGCAACUGCAUCGGAAAGUAGUGCAGUACUUUUGAGUGAUUUGAGCAUCUUAAUAAUUACACAUUAACACACUCUCGCAUGUUCACCAUUGUCUGCAAAAAUGGUUUAUGAAACUGUCUGUUGAUAUUUGAUUGCUUUAUACUGUGACAAAAACAAAAGGUGGGGAGGGGGGUGUGAACUAUUUUUUUACACUUAACACUAAAACACACGCAUACACACUCAUACUACAAGCGUAUAUCGUUGUUAUCGCCUGCUAAGAGUUUUGGGUGCUUGUUAAGAAACUGUUCCCGUAAUUAAUACAUACUUUACAAUCGUUAACUGCACAACACUAGGAGAAAUUGAAAGCAAAAAGCCCAAUGCUUCGUAUUAUUGCGAUUCUGCAAUCUUUUUUACGCACAAAAUUAGCCGAGCUGUUGUUUUUUUUUUUGCCUUCCAAACAUUAAAGGCAGAUGUAUUUACAAUUAUAAUGCUCUUCCAAAGUCAGGUAUUGGGAGUCGUGCAUUAUAUGCUGUGGGCUGUCUUUACACACCUUCUUUGACUAUCAUAGGAACAAGGGUUUAGGUGAUUCAUUAGCUUACUUUAAAAGGUUAGAUUAUAUUAUUAAAUUGCACGCAGUGCUAAAUAUUUUACAUUUACAUUUGCAAAAGCAAAACACAACAACACAAACGAAUGUGAAAGAAAAAGAUCUGACCUAGGGAAGGAAUAGAAAACGUAUAAUCAAACAAUUGUUCACUUGAGAAAGUAGACAAUAGGACGUGUCUGCUUCUUUGUGUGUGUGUGAGAGAGAGAAAGAGAGUGAGAGCAAGAUAAAAAAGAGUCCGCAAAAGAAAGCUAUACAUUACUGUAGGGUAUAUACAAACACGCAUAUAUACAAUAUAUUGCUAUUUAACGGAAAAUCUAUCCCUGUCAACAUAUAUUUACACGAGAUCGCUCGGGCAACAAUUUUCCGUACAUCUUCCCUUUGUAUAAUCCACAUACAUACACACACGACUGGACGGGAUGCAGGCACAACUUCUUCCCUGCGAAUGUGUAUUCCCAGUGCAGUGUAACAGGAUGUUAGUAGAGCUUCCUUUCAAAAACAAAUAUUUUUCUGUGCACAAACAAAUGGACGGGUUUGCCCUCGUAUUCAAACAUUUCCAAAUCAUUCCUUUCGUAGAAAUGGUAGUGCUAAUAAUAAAAAAAAACACUGACCAUAAACUUUUAUCACACACUGUAUCUCUCUCUCAAUCUUUGAAUAUCCCGAUUAGCCGGACUGUACUGUAUGCAGGACAGAGCACACUUCUUCGAAUGCACCGCCGCCCAUUUUUAAAAACGAAACGAUAUACCAAAAAAAACAAAACAAAACGACAAGUAAAAGAUUGUAAAACCAACUAACCACAAACACAUUAAACGCACAUUAGUAAGGGAUAGGAAAGGGAUAAGUCAAUAGUCAUCACUAAACCAAACCAAACAGUGGUGCAGGAAGCGCAGUAGAAUUGCAGCAGUGAGCACAAAAUUGGAUUGGGUAUGUAAAAGAAUUGUAAAAUUGUGCUGGAAGGACACGCAAGGAUGGUAGACGGUGCAGAACACAGAUCACAUUCUAAGUCAACUAAUCAUUUGCUUAGGGCGUACAGGUUAGGUUAGGUUAGGUUUACCUGGUUUAUCUUGAUUGAACUGUAACAGCUGGUAAAGGGCUUUCAAUGAAUACUAAUUAUGUGAAAAUGGUUUGGUUGGUAAAUAAACAACUUAGUUUAAUACUUACUCCAUCAUAAAACACGAGUAAACCGGAA